GUCGCUCCGCCCAUUCAGUCCGGACUGCGGCCGUUAGCCUCCCCAUACUGGUCCCGAGCACGCUCUCGUCCCUCAUCCUGUGUGCGCGUGCGUGUUCUUCAGGGAACAAUCCGCAAAUGAAGUCACAGUUCAUCAGGUCGGGGAAAGGUGCGCGCGGGAAGCGGUAUCAGAGCAGCGGGAUUGCGCACUGAGGCUGGUCCCUGUCAGUCAGAUCUUUGCACUGAGUGGGAACUGGAGCACGUGGUGAAAAACCAUGCAAAGCGAGAAUGUGCAAACUCCACAGAUAGUUGCCUGAGGCCAGGAACAGACCUGGUGCUGUGAGGCAGCAGUGCUAACCGCUGUUUCCGUGCUUUCAAGUGGUCAGACUGGGUGCGGUGAUUGUGGAGAGCUGCUGAGUACCCUAGCUCAAAGGUUUAAUUCUGAAAAAUGAAACUUCCUGUAGUGCUGUCGCUUUCCGUUUGCUGUUUGUUCAAUCUCACAGUAAAAUGUGUGCAUGACCUCACAUUUCCCCAUCUUAUGGAAGAAAACUCUGUGACACUAAAGAUACCUGCACAUGUUGACCUGCAAAUUGGUGAUAUUCAAAACAUCAGUGUUGUUCCAAGUGCAGGCUUGCAGGAGACUCUAGUUGUCACAUUUAAUGUUACGUUCUCAUCGAAGCAGACUUCAGUUGUUGAACUGCCCGAAUAUAUUACAUUACCUUCUCACUCAGUGAAAUCAACAGUUUUACCAGUCAGAGGCGUUGAGGUUGGUCAGACCACUGUGUACCUUGAAAACAACUGCACCAGCAAUGUGACCAGAAUUCUGGCAAGAAUUCACUUCCUGGUGGUGCAGAGUAACGUCCUGAGAAUCGUGUGUCAGCUGAUUGGUUGGAUUUACUUCUUCGCCUGGUCUAUCUCCUUCUACCCUCAAGUGAUCGAAAACUGGCGACGUAAAAGUGUGGUUGGUUUGAAUUUUGAUUUUCUGGCACUUAAUCUGACUGGUCACAUAGCAUAUGGCAUGUUUAAUAUUGGUCUCUUCUGGAUUCCAUAUGUUGAGGAACAGUUCCUGGUGUACAAUCCAAGUGGGGUGAACCCUGUGCAAGGUAGUGAUGUCUUCUUCAGUCUGCAUGCCAUCCUGCUAACAGUGAUUACAAUCUGCCAGUGUUGUUUUUAUGAGCGAGGGGAGCAGAAAGUCUCAAAAGUUACGAUUGGAUUGCUGGUGGCUGCAUGGCUUUUUGCCCUUAUCACUUUAUUUGUGACCGUCGCGAAUAAAAUCACGUGGCUGCAGUACCUCUACUAUUUUUCCUACAUCAAGCUUGUAAUAACAGUCAUCAAAUAUAUGCCCCAGGCCUAUAUGAAUUAUCGCAGGAAGAGCACAGUUGGUUGGUCGAUUGGGAAUGUGCUGCUAGAUUUCACUGGAGGAAGUUUCAGCAUUGUACAGAUGUUCUUACAGUCUUAUAACAAUGAUGAAUGGCUGCUGAUUUUUGGAGACCCAACAAAGUUUGGCCUUGGAUUGUUCUCUGUUAUAUUUGACAUUUUCUUCAUUGUACAGCAUUAUUGUUUGUACAGACAGAAGUCUGACUACAGGCCAAUCGACACAGAUAACUGAGAUUAUUUCUGCACAAUACAUCCAAACUCUGAAAGUUAUUCAAGGGGAAUUUCUGACAUCAUGCAAGAUCAUCAAAAGCAAUCGUACUUGAAAAAACAUUAACUGCAUCAUUUGGUAAAAUCAAGGUGCUGAAAAUAGAAAGUUAAAAAUCGCACAACACCGGGUUAUAGUCCAACAGGUUUAAUUGGAAGCACUAGCUUUCGGAGCAACGCUUCUUCAUCAGGUGAUUGUGGAGGACACAAUUGUAAGGCACAAAAUUUAUAGCAAAAGUUUACAGUGUGAUGUAACAAACUAUACCUUGAAAAAUACCUUGAUUGUCUGUUGAGUCUU